UGCUGUAGCCGGUCGACCACGUACCCCAUUGAAUUUAAUAACGAUGAGAAUAGGCGAUUUCUAGUCUUCCGCGGGUGAUGACCGAACAAGGAAUGCGCGUUCCCACAUCUCUCUUUAGAAACCCCUGCUAAUUGAUCCAUAUAUCUGAAGCACAUAUUUCCCUGAUACACGCGGAAAACGGUAAAACCUCUGUGCGUUUGGUGAAUACAGGGAUACAAACGGAAACGUCCUGCAGGAUAAGGGCGCGCCUAAACCACCACAUUCAUGUGUUGUGAUUGAUUACUACCGUGCUGGAGAAAUUCUUGCAUAGUUAUAGAAGACAUGUUGAGAAGAGUUGUGCGACAGAGCAAGUUCCGCCACGUCUUUGGGCAGGCGGUGAGAAAUGACCAGUGUUACGAUGACAUCCGCGUGUCCAGGGUCACAUGGGACAGCUCCUUCUGUGCUGUCAACCCCAAGUUUGUUGCCAUCAUUAUUGAAGCAAGUGGUGGAGGAGCCUUCCUAGUGCUGCCCUUACACAAAACCGGUCGUAUAGACAAGGUUUACCCCACAGUUUGUGGUCACACUGGUCCAGUUUUGGACAUAGAGUGGUGUCCUCAUAAUGACCAGGUCAUUGCCAGUGGCUCAGAGGAUUGCACAGUCAUGGUAUGGCAGAUUCCUGAGAAUGGCCUGGAGUCUCCCCUUUCGGAGCCUGUGGUGGUGCUUGAAGGACACUCUAAGAGGGUGGGCAUUGUGUCCUGGCACCCCACCGCCCGCAACGUUCUUCUCAGUGCUGGGUGUGACAACCAGAUCAUUAUUUGGAACGUGGGCACUGGUGAGGCCAUGAUCAACCUGGAGGACAUGCAUCCUGAUGUCAUCUUUAGUGUCAGCUGGAGCCGCAAUGGCAGUCUGCUUUGCACUGCCUGCAAGGACAAGAAGGUCCGCGUCAUUGACCCGCGCAAAAAUAAGAUUGUUGCGGAUAAGGACAAAGCCCACGAGGGAGCACGGCCAAUGAGAGCAAUCUUUUUAGCAGAUGGAAAUAUUUUCACCACAGGUUUCAGCCGCAUGAGUGAACGCCAACUUGCCUUGUGGAAAAGUGAUAACAUGGAUGAGCCAAUAUGUGUUCAAGAAAUGGACUCUAGUAAUGGAGUCCUUUUGCCUUUUUACGAUCCUGACACCAACGUUGUGUACCUUUGUGGGAAGGGUGAUAGCAGCAUUCGGUACUUUGAAAUCACAGAUGAAGCGCCGUAUGUUCACUACCUCAACACCUUCUCUACUAAGGAACCGCAGAGAGGAAUGGGUUACAUGCCUAAACGAGGUCUGGAUGUUAACAAGUGUGAAAUAGCAAGAUUUUAUAAACUGCAUGAGAGAAAAUGUGAACCAAUCAUUAUGACUGUCCCCCGCAAGUCUGACCUGUUCCAAGAUGACCUAUAUCCAGACACCGCGGGCCCAGACCCAGCUCUGGAGGCUGAGGAGUGGUUUGCUGGGAAGAAUGGAAGUCCCAUCCUGAUUUCACUAAAAGAUGGAUAUGUGUCGUCAAAGAGCCGGGACCUGAAAGUGAUUAAAACUAAUGUCCUGGAAUCUAAGCCAGCUCCAAAAGCAGAGAGCAUCAUGCCGGUUCAGAAGCAGGCUCCUCCUCAGCCUUCAGCACAGAAAAUGGAAGACAAACUAGAAGAGGUACUCCGAGAGUUCAAGUCACUCAGGGACCGUGUCAUCCUUCAGGACCGUCGGAUUGCCAGACUGGAAGAGCAGGUCGCCAAGGUCGCCUUGUAAGACACUACAGCAUCCCAGAUCAGUGGAUGUGGUCAACCCAAGGCCAGUUGCCCAAGAUUCAGCUCCAUUGAACUUGGUGUCUUUGUAAUGGCUCCAAGUCUACAUUCCAGGAUGGAAUUUGCUAUUUUCCAGUAUCACACUCCAGCCCCAUCUCAUGAAGAAAAAACUCUUGCAGCUCAUGUUUGUUUGAAGAGACAUUUUUGUUGAAGGAUAAGUCUUAAUUUUUGUUUUAAUAUGUGGUAAAACAUUCUCAUGUGAAGUUUGUACUUCUCUGAAAUUGUAUGUAGCAUCAGUAUUUCCAUAUUUUAUGUUUUGUGUUGCCAAAUAUGAAUUGCAUUUUUUAUGCACUGCUUUUACAUUUUCUCUCCUGAUGUACAUUCCUGUCACACCUAUAGAAUCAUUUAGCCAAGCUGGAUUUUUGUAAACAAUAGCUGUUUUUCCUCUCAGAUUUAUGAAUGUGGCAGAAAUCCUUAUCAAACAUUAUUGUUCCUAUUUUGAUCUCAACAUAAACCAUUGGGUGUUAAGGGGAGGGAGGGUUGCAUUUCUCUGGUGUAAAUGUUGUGCAAAAUGUAGUGGUGCCUCUUGUCACUGAAAAGGGCCUAUCUACUGCGGCUCUCUUCAGUGCAUAUGUGGUGUUGGGGAGGGACCACUCACUGCUUGUGUUUCACUGAACCCCAACAAACAGUUCUGUGCACAUAAUAAAGAUUUUACACAUCAGAAA